AAAAAUCACCUGUGGUAUUCAUUCUGCUCCAGUUGACACAGUGGCUGCAGGGGGCUUGCAUAGGAAUACAUCUAUUACAGCUCUCAGACAGAAGACACGUAAGACUUCUUUUUUCUGUUUUGCAUACUUAUAGUGGACUAGUUUGGAAAAGAUAGAGCUGCUGUGUCACAUCAGAAGUCUGGCUUAUAACUCCCUGAGUAGAAAAAAACAAUGUCAUAUACAUCUAAACUUCCUGCAUCGUGGAAUGAUACACCCCCUCCUCGGAAAGUGGAGAUUGACCUGAGUUCACCUGGUCUUGCAGUGUUUGAGCUGGAAAGACUCUUGUUCACUGGCAAAGCCAUCAUCAGCCAUGCAGACGAAGUGUGGCCAAGACUGUAUAUUGGUGACCAACACAGUGCAGAGAACAAGGCUGAUCUGUACAAGCAUCAAAUCACACACAUCCUGAAUGCAGCUCACAGUAAACGCAGAGGACAGCCAGAUAUCUAUGAGGGAAUGAAGAUCACCUACAUGGGCAUAGAAGCUCAUGACUCCUGUAACUUUGACAUGAGCGUCAACUUCCACGCAGCGGCAGACUUUAUCCACAGUGCUCUAAGCAGAGGAGGCAAAGUGCUGGUGCAUUGUCAUGUAGGAGUGAGCCGUUCUGCCACCCUGGUCCUGGCUUACCUGAUGCUGAAGCAGAACCUGACCCUCGUGGAGGCUAUCUGUGCUGUGAAAGAUAACCGUGGUGUAAUCCCUAAUCGAGGAUUCCUCAGGCAGCUCAUCAAACUAGAUGGCCAGCUGUUCGGCAGACAUCACUGAACCCUGUCUGAUAGUAUUACUGGUCAGCUUUCAUGGGUCCAGAGCAUGAAGAAAAAUAGAAUAAGGAUAGUUCAAGUAUAUUCCAUUAUUGCAAAUUAUGGAAAAUAUUUUUUUGAAAAGAGAUCUAUUGCAUCUGACCCUUUCUUGGGUCAUAUAUUGAUUGCCAUGAACUUUAAAGUAAAAAUAUUUAUAUUCUGUUGGUUUGUAUGUGUUAAAUGGAUUGACAUUUUACAUUAAAAAGAGAGAUUUGA